GUCUACGUUUCGUUUUAUUUUCUGUGUCGGUUUUAUAAUAUUCCUGAUGUCAAACUGCUGUCGAGUCGCACCUUGCUUGUAAUUAAAGAUCUUUCACAUUUAGCAUUGAUUUAUCAGAACAGGAUUGUAUAGGAGAUGACUUUUGAUUCUAAUUAAAAUCGGAUUACAAAGGAGUUUGCAACAGCCACAGAUAUGAACAAAGACUGCAGUUUGAUGGAAAUGUAGCAGAGAAAACAUUGUGAAUAAAAUAUAUAAAUAUUUGAAAAUAAAAACAUAUUGUGAUAGAGAAGGAAAAUUCAAUAAACAUUUGUGUGAGAAUAUGGUUGAAUAAAAACCACAGUGGAUUGAUUGACGUCGAAAAAUAUUGGGAAAAUAUAACACUGUGGUAUUUAUAAAAUGUCAUUCUCUCAAAAAGUUGACCUUAAUAUUAAGAAACUUAUUUGCAGAAAUGAUAGGCCAUAUCACUGUGAUAUCUGUGGUAAAUCAUUCACUCAAAACAGAUCCUUGACCAUUCACAAACGCAUUCAUACAGGAGAGAAUCUGUAUCACUGUGAUAUUUGUGGUCUUUCAUUCUCUGAAGGAAAUAGUUUGAGUCUACACAAACAAAUUCAUACAGAAGAGAAACCACAUCUCUGUCGUAUCUGUGGUAAAUCAUUCUCUCGAGACAAUAACUUAACUGACCAUUUGCGUAUUCAUACAGGAGAGAAACCUUAUCACUGUGAGAUCUGUGGUAAAUCGGUCACUUCAAGUGGCGGCUUAACUAAACACAUACGAACUCACACUGGUGAAAAGCCAUACAGCUGUGGUAUCUGUGGUAAAUCAUUAUCUACAAGCAGCAGCUUAAGUACCCAUGUACGUCUUCAUACAGGAGAGAAGCCACACGGCUGUGAUAUCUGCGGUAAAUCAUUCUCUCAGAAAACUCAUUUGACUUUACAUAAACGAAUUCACACAGGAGAUAAACCUUAUCACUGUGAUAUCUGUGGUAAAUCAUUCUCUGAGAAAUAUUAUUUGACUAUACAUAAACGAAUUCAUACAGGGGAUAAACCUUAUCACUGUGAUAUCUGUGGUAAAUCGUUUUAUGUAAAUCAACAUUUAAUCAAACACAAACAAACCCAUACCGGAGAGAAGCCUUAUUGUUGUGACAUCUGUGGUAAAUCAUUCUCUCAGAAAAGUCAUUUGAUUGAUCACAAAAAUAUUCAUACAGGAGAGAAGCCUUAUCACUGUGGUGUCUGCAGUAAAUCAUUUAUUCGGAAAAGACAGUUGACUAUACAUAAAAGUAUUCACACAGGAGAUAAACCAUAUCACUGUGAUAUCUGUGGUAAAUCAUUCUGUCAGAAAUAUCCUUUGACUAUACAUAAACGAAUUCACACAGGAGAUAAACGUUAUCACUGUGAUAUCUGUGGUAAAUCAUUCUCUCAGAAAUGGUAUUUGACUAUACAUAAACGUAUUCACACGGGAGAGAAACCUUAUCACUGUGAUAUCUGUGGUAAAUCGUUUUAUGUAAAUUGCGAUUUAAUCAAACACAAACAAACCCAUACCGGAGAGAAGCCUUAUUGUUGUGACAUCUGUGGUAAAUCAUUCUCUCAGAAAAGUCAUUUGAUUGAUCACAAACACUUUCAUACAGGAGAGAAGCCUUAUCACUGUGAUGUCUGCAGUAAAUCAUUUAUUCGGAAAAGACAGUUGACUAUACAUAAACGUAUUCACACAGGAGAGAAGCCUUAUCACUGUGAUAUCUGUGGUAAAUCAUUCUCUCAGGAAUGUACUUUGACUAUACAUAAACGAAUUCACACAGGAGAUAAACCUUAUCACUGUGAUAUCUGUGGUAAAUCGUUUUAUGUAAAUCAACAUUUAAUCAAACACAAACAAACCCAUACCGGAGAGAAGCCUUAUUGUUGUGACAUCUGUGGUAAAUCAUUCUCUCAGAAAAGUCAUUUGAUUGAACACAGACACAUUCAUACAGGAGAGAAGCCUUAUCACUGUGAUGUCUGCAGUAAAUCAUUUAUUCGGAAAAGACAGUUGACUAUACAUAAACGUAUUCACACAGGAGAGAAGCCUUAUCACUGUGAUAUCUGUGGUAAAUCAUUCUCUCAGGAAUGUACUUUGACUAUACAUAAACGAAUUCACACAGGAGAUAAACCUUAUCACUGUGAUAUCUGUGGUAAAUCGUUUUAUGUAAAUCAACAUUUAAUCAAACACAAACAAACCCAUACCGGAGAGAAGCCUUAUUGUUGUGACAUCUGUGGUAAAUCAUUCUCUGAGAAAAGUUAUUUGAUUGACCACAGACACAUUCAUACAGGAGAGAAGCCUUAUCACUGUGAUGUCUGCAGUAAAUCAUUUAUUCGGAAAAGACAGUUGACUAUACAUAAACGUAUUCACACAGGAGAGAAGCCUUAUCACUGUGAUAUCUGUGGUAAAUCAUUCUCUCAGAAAUAUCCUUUGACUAUACAUAAACGUAUUCACACAGGAGAGAAGCCUUAUCACUGUGAUGUCUGCAGUAAAUCAUUUGCUCAGAAAAGACAGUGGACUACACAUGUGUGUAGUCACACUAAAGAAUAACUGUGCCAACAUCAGAAGUCUUUUUGUAAAAACUAUAUUUUAUAUAUUGUUGUAUUUAGGAAGGGUCAUUUUGCCAGUUUAGCCAAUAAAAACACGCGCACUAUA